AUGUCUGAGAAGAAGUUGAAGUUGAAGAGCUCCGAUGGUCGCAUAUUCACGCUCGAAGAGCGAGCAGCGGUUCAGUCCGAGAUGUUGAAGCUCAUGGUGGAAGACAAUUGUGCAUUCGGCACGAUUCCGAUGCCGAACGUCGACUCUAGGACGCUCGCCAUGGUGAUCGACUUCUGCAAGCGGCAUGCUGAUCCAACGGGGAAAACUGAUCUCGAGGCCUUUGACGCACAAUUCGUAGACAAAGACCAGGCGACGUUGUUCGAUCUGUUAAUGGCCGCAAAUUAUCUAAAUAUCCCAGGGUUGUUGGAUAAACUGUCUGGGAAGAUCGCCGACAUGAUCAAGGGGAAGUCUCCGGAGGAGAUUCGACAGAUAUUCAACAUCAAGAACGAUUUCACGCAAAAAGAAGAGGAGGAGAUUCGUAGAGAGAAUGGCUGGGCUUUCGAGUGAUAAUCGCUUAGACUUCUCUUUGUAUGUAUGCUCUGGUUGAUGGAACUGUAUAAGCAAACUACCAAUAUUUUUUUUUUCUAAGUAAUUGAUGUAUUAAUUA